CCAUAUAAAAGCGUAAACCCGUUGGCUGAAACGCGCUCCGUGUGAUGUUGUAGCCUGUUAAAAGUAGCUAUGUUAGCUUGCUAGCUUCAAUUGAAAUGAAAUGUUUACCUUUUUGGAUUUUACAUACACAAGGGUUAUAAAUGCUCCUGUGGAUGUAUUUACCUCAGACAGUCCAGCAGCAUGGGUCGACGCUCGUCUGACAGCGAGGAUGAUAGCAGGAGCAGCAGGAGGAAGAAAAAGCAGCAGCGCCGCCGCUCCUCCUCUUCCUCCUCGUCUUCGUCGUCCUCGUCCUCCGGCAGCAGGGUGAGGAGCAGCCGCAGCCGCAGGUCAUCACGCCGGAGCAGCUCUCGCUCUCGAGACAGAAGAAGAAGAAGACGUUCCAGCAGUACUUCAUCGCACAGUUCAACUCGCAGGAGGAGAAGUCGCAGUGGAGAGAAAGAUAAAGGGAGGAGUCACCGGUCACAUAGGUCACGCAGCCGAGACAGAAGGUCUCAUUCUCGCCACCGAAGAUCUCAUAGUAGGAACGACAGCCGUCGAGCGGUACAGAGCCGCAAAAGGAGCCGCAGUCGCAGCAGAGAGAAGGACCGGAGUAGACGAAAGGGCCGGGACCGUGAGAAAGAGAAAGACAAGUACCGGGAUAAAGGAAGAGAUCGGGACAAGGACAAAGAGAAGGACAAGAGUAAAGACAAAACGGAGAAGAAGGGGGACACUGGGAUCCUUAUGGUUGGAUUAGAACAUCUGACUCCAGCGGAGCAGGCCAAAGUUCGUAUGCAUAUGGUCUUACAAGCUGCAGCAAAAACAGAUGAAGUUCUGAAGGCCAAAGUUGCCCAGAGAGAAGAAGAGGCCCGAAAGAAGAUUGAGGAAGAGGGAACUUCUCUGGAGGAGCAAGUGAGAAGGAUAAAGGACAUCGAGGCCAUCGAGAGUGAUUCUUUUGUUCCUCAGGCUUUCAAAUCAUCCCGGGACGUCGUAAAGACCGAGCCAGCUGAGGUCAAAUUGGAGUUGGAGAGAGCAUAUUCUCACGACAUCUCUUUACCUACAUCUAUAAUCUACAACGACAAUGACACGCUUGCCCAUCCCAGCCUGUUUAUGGACAAGGAGCAGGCGGAGGAGCUUUGGAUGAACAGGCUGGUCUCACUGCGACAAGAGAGGCUGAUGGGAAGCCCCGUUACUUGAAGACAAUGUUUUCUGUAGCAUCCUGUGUUUUUGUUUCCACUCAUUUCUGUGAUCUAUGAUCUUUGAGAACAAAUUUUCAGUCCUGAUAUGCCUUCUUUUACUCAAAUAAACAAAAAGAAUGAGCUGUUGUUCUAUAUAUGUCUUCAUUACUUGGCUGUUAUGUAAAGGAUAAAUGCCUCGUGCUGAUGUUUUCUCCGUGUUGUGUUUCUGUUUAAGUAAAGAUAGAUUCUUGGCAGUGAGCUAACUCUCAAGUCUACUUGUGGAACUGCCACACUGUAAAUCUAUACCGACUUGGAUCACACUUUUCAACUCUUCAAAUAGUCAGUGCCGUAAUAGAGUUAUAAUUAAGAAGGUACAAAGACUUGAACAGACACAUCUUUUAUGCUUUCACUGCUUGAAUACUUGUUUAUGGGGGUGUUUUUUUUUUACUACAUUUUACCUACAAGUAGAUGUUCUGUAUAGCAAAUGAAGCUAAAAAUAAACGUCAAAAUAAAU